CCGAAUUCGGCCGAUGUGCUUGUCGCUCCCUUGUAGGCGAAGUUGAGCGCUGUUUUACUUUAUCAUUUGUAUGUUUUGUGUAUGAAAAUUAUGAAAAAAACUAAUUUUCAUGAAUGAACGUGUGACGAAAAGUUUAAAAAAUAAUACUCGGUUGCAACGCAUUUAGUUAUUACUGUGUUUUUGGUCACGAUACGGCAUUUUCUUCCCCUGUUUCGAUUAAUGGAGGGUAUUCUUGUUUAUAAAUAUUGAUUUGUUACAUAUCAUAUUUUGAACUGUUCCCAUUGUGAUUCAAAAGUGAAAUGUAGGCAAUUGAACGUGUGCAACUAGAUAUUUAACGGCAAUGCAACAGUUGGAUACUAGUAGUGGUUUCACCAUAAUGUACUGCGUGAGGUGAUUUCGAUCGUGUUUUUUGUGUUUUAUUGUGUUUGAUAAGUGUUUUUUUGACAAUGGAAGGAACAACGGAGAAGGAUUGCUCUCCCUUAUGGAACCUGUACCAGCAAAUAGUAUCGGACAUGAAGAACAGUACACCGAUGUGGGAGGAAUUCAUAUCGAAAGCUACCAAACUUCAUUCGGCUUUGAAGUCAGCGUUGGUGGCUAUUGCGGCGUUCCUGGACGCCUUCCAGAAAAUAGCGGACGCAGCUACGAAUGCAAGAGGAGCGACAAAGGAAAUUGGCACGGCAUUAACGAGGGUGUGCCUGCGUCACCGGGCAAUCGAAUCCAGGAUGAAGACUUUCAUAAGCACACUAAUGGACCGUUUGAUCUCGCCUCUAUGCGAGCGCGCCGAGGAGUGGCGGCGCGGUGCGUGUGGCGGGGCACUGGGUCGCGAGCACGCUCGCGACUGCAAGAGGGCUCGAGCUGAACUGCGGCGGCGUGUGCAGGAAGCCCAGCGCCACGCGAGGAAGGCCAGGCGCGCCCCGCCCGACGCCAAGCGACGAGCUGACGUCUCUAUGCAGGACGUUCAGGAGCGCAAACAGCAACUGGAAGAAAUGGAAGAGAAAGCUGUAAAGGCGGCCUUGAUUGAGGAGCGUAGUCGCUUUUGCCACUUUGUUACUUUACUCGAUCCUGUGGUGGAGAGUGAAGUGGCCAUGCUCGCUGAGGUGGGCCACUUGCAAGAGGGCAGUGAACAGUUGCUGCGACACACGUCUGAACCCAGGACAUUACCGGCCGCCAGUCUCCAGGUGAUUUGUGACGUGAAGUCUUGCUACAGCGGUUGGGCGGAGAGCGAGUCCGCACCGCAUUCGCCGUCUGCCUCUUCUCGUCUCGGAAGCCGCAAGUCUUCUCUUACUUCGAUUUCCUCUUUGAAUAGUCAAUGCUCCGACCAACAACAAGGUGUGUCUGGGUCUACUGUUAGUUGUUCAACUCCUAUAUCGAAUUCAUCUGGAGGGACAAUUUCUGCACCUGGUGGAGAAUCUCAGCGAUGUUUGUCACAGUCAGGGCUUCGCCUCUCGAGCGUUUGCAGUUCGGACUCCGGCUUUCGAUCGCAGGACACCUUGCAACGACAUUCGCUCUACACUCGUAAUGGUUCAGAUAACCAUAGUGUUAGCAGUGAAUGCAUCACACCUUCGAAAAGCGCUAUUGAUGAUGAUAACACAGACGACAGUCAUGACAUGGCUAAUGCUGCAUCAGCUACUUGGCCUGACUUAAAAGACACGGCGCAAUUCGAAAGAGCCGCUUCCGCUAUUAUGAGUGGAAGGUCACAUACUAUUUCAUCAGGAGAUCGUGUUCACCCUCGUGCAACACUCAGCGUGCACACAUUCUCCUCGGAGGGGUCGGGCACUUUGUCACGAGACGGGAUAUACGCCCGCCCGCCGCUGCCCACUAGGUGCUCAUCUUUAGAGCGGCCAUCUUUACCUGCUAAGUCAGUGAAUGCUAACACAGGACAGCAAGAGAUUAAACCUAUAAAGCCUUCUUCUCUCCCCCCACAUCUAACUAAAGAAAUGCCGCAAGCUCUAUACGUCAAUAUGUCGGAGCUGGCAACUCUAGCCGCCUCACGUGCGCAACAACAACAACAACAACAACAACAACAACAGCAACAGCAACAACAACACGGCUCUGAGUUCCCGCAGCAGGAAAAGGUGUGCUCAGAGAGCAGUGCCAGUGAAUCAUCACUGGAGUCAUCAAGUGGGUACGGCAGUCAGGGGGCGUUCGCGGCGGAGGAGCACGCCCACCAGCACCAAAUACACCCUGAUGUUGAUUCGGAGAUAGUGACACUACGACGAGACAGUGAGGUAGCAGCGGCUAGAGAGAACUUCUCAAUAUCCCUGGGUAGUCUGGAGGAGGCGGUACGCUCUCUUGAUGAAGUCAAUGAUACCCCGGCCUUCGCCACCGUCAGUAAGAAACCAGCUGUACCUAAACGCAGACCGGUUUCUAUGGCAGCGACCGUGUGGUCACGACGCGGGUCGUCCAGUUCUCUGGGCAAGCCGCCGCCCCCUGUGAGAAGGUCAUCUUCUAUAUCACGCCCCCAGAGACCCCCCUAUGUACAGAACAACAUGGCGAGUCCGCAGUUGUGUACUGACGCUGACAACUUGCCGCCGCCGCCCGCCUUCCUGCUACAGCCCGACACAGACAUUAACCCAGCUCACGCAGGUAUAAACGUAGCUGAAACUGUGAAACAGCUAACGGAGUUAAAGCACAUGCCAGCAUCCCCCGGUCUGGUACGUCGUACCAUGCAAAACCAAAACCAAACCACGAACCAAAACCAAAACUCGACUACGAACUCGAACCAAACUCAAAACCAGAACCAACCUUCAUUGAGUACUUUCCAACAAGCUAAGAGCAACUUCAAUACAAGUGCGAGUGGAAACUUAAACCCUAUAUACGGACAGACAGGACAUCGGAUAAUGGCGUAUGUGGAGAACUCUAUUUAUGUUAGGAAGAGCAGUCUGAAUGUUUCUAGCUCUGAUCUCUUUAGAGAUGCGAAUGCUGGUAACAUUUACGGGGAGGGUAAAGGCUCCCCUCAUGGAUCCAGUCCAUCCACUCCAAGUUAUGGGGAGACAAACUCCUUCUCCAGUUUUGGUCCUCGUGUCAACAACGACUCGCAUUACGGACAGACAGGUUUCAAGCUGCAGCAGGAGAAGAAGUACUCGAACAGUAUCUAUGCUGCGCCUGCGCAGCUCGGCGCUACGCUCAGUCCUCUGGCACUGCGCCGCUCUAUAGCUGCGCGCUCCCACAGCGCAGACAGGCAUGCUGAACAAGGUGGUCUGAUAGCCAGCCUCAGUGCCAAGUUGGCUCCUCAGCUGUCACCUCGCACCUCACGUCGCACAACUGUCACACCCACAACUGACAACAAGGGGAAAGGUAACCUACCAUCAGCAGUACAACCGGCCUUCCUUGACAAGCUGUCUGCCACAAUACAGCAGCAGCGCCGCCAGCUUGACUCCAGCCGAGCUAACAACGUGCGGGACCUCAUCAAUGCGCAUGCGCAGCCUGAUCCUCGCACCUGUCACACUUCCCUGAUGGAGCAGAUCAAGCGCGGCGCCACUCUGCGUCGCAACAAACACUGCAAUGACCGCUCUGCGCCUAAGAUACGUUAGAUACAUCGAUACAACAUUCUUGAUACUUGACAGUUUACACUUGAAAUCUACACAUACUGAUACAUCAUCAUCAGCUCACUAUUCAUCA